UCAGACAUUGGAAUCCAGACGGCAACGGAUCUGCGCCGGGAACGGGUGACAAAGGAUUACAGGGAAAGGGCGGCUGAAUAAUUACAAAUAAAGUCAAUAUUGGCCGAGAAAUCGUUUUCCCUCUAGCACAACAUAUGAAUGGCUGCAGCAGCUUUGCAGAGAGGCCUGUGUUUCAAAUCUGACGCGGGAAUGGCCGGCGGAAUGGAGAAUCGCUGCAGGAAAAGGCAAGUUCUGUCUUUCUUUCUAUGUCUAUGUGUGUCUCUGGGGACGUGUGAGACGAUCCGCUAUUCUAUGCCCGAAGAGAAGAAAAGCGGAUCCCUAGUUGCUAAUAUUGCAAAGGAUUUGAAACUAGAUGUAGGGAAAUUGUCUAGUCGCAGUGCCCGGCUGAAUUCUAAAAGCAACGAGCAAUAUUUUGAGCUGAACACUGGCUCCGGGGAUGUGAUAAUAAAGGAGAAAAUAGACCGUGAGGAUCUGUGCGGACAGAAAGAUCCGUGUUUGCUGCAAUUCGAAAUUGUGUUGGAAAAUCCACUGCAGCUGUACAGAAUGGAGGUGCAGAUAGACGAUGUGAAUGACAAUAACCCUAAAUUCUCUACAGAUGAAUUCGUUUUUACAAUACCUGAACAGAUCCCCAUAAACACCCGCUUCCCGUUGGAAAGGGCCCAAGAUUCAGACACAGGAACAAACGGCAUCCAGAGUUACGCAAUCAGCUCCAAUGAGCACUUCAGCCUGGAUGUGCUUUCCCGGGGGGACGGCAGUAAAUACGCGGAGCUGGUAUUAGAGAAACAAUUAGAUCGGGAGGAGCAGGCGCAGUUGAUGCUGAUUCUCACAGCUGCGGAUGGGGGCCUGCCGCAGAGAACCGGCACAGCCCGAAUAUGCGUUAAUGUGCUGGACAACAACGAUAAUUUCCCGCAGUUUAGUCAGUCGGUGUACAAAGUGCAGUUAAUGGAAAAUAGUCCGAGGGACACUUUGGUCACUAAGGUUGAAGCCAGUGAUUUGGAUCAAGGCUCAAAUGCAGAAAUCACCUAUUCAUUCCGGCAGGUGCCUGACAAAGUCCUCACGUUAUUUCAGCUUAAUCCGUUCACUGGCGAAAUCACUGUUUUGGGGAUAAUUGAUUUUGAAGACGCAGAAAUGUAUGAAAUAGAAGUUCAGGCCACGGAUGGCGGGGGGUUUACUUCGCGCUGCAAAGUCCUGGUACAGAUCAACGACAUGAAUGACAACGCUCCGGAAGUGACACUGACAUCCCUCACCAGCACCGUACCCGAGGACUCGUCCCCGGAGACAGUGGUGGCCCUGUUCAGUGUGAGCGACCGAGACUCCGGGGACAAUGGCAGAACGCUCUGCUCCAUUCAGGACAAUGUCCCAUUUGCUUUAAAAUCGACUCUGAAGAAUUAUUACGAGCUU